GCGGGAGUUGAAACGACGCAUCUUGGCAGCGACGCCUGGUAGACCCAACUGCAUGGAGGACGACCGGCAAGUCGACGAUGGAGCGGGGGACGUGGAGGAAGAGAAGACGGAUCUCUCGCCCGAGGAGCAGCUCGAGCACGACCGGCGCAUGCUCGAACAGCGCUUCCGUCUCCACAAGCGCAUGCGCAAGGAAGCCAAGGAGCGCCUCGAGUUGAUCAAGACCAAGUCGACGCGGAAGAAGCAGUCGCAUGUCGACUACCAGAACCUGCCGCACAAGUGGAAGGAUGCUGUCGUGCUCGAGGACGAGCUCAAGCGCCGCGAGCAGCUCAAGGUACUCCGCGGCCCCGAGCUCGUGCGCCCUUUCCCAGGCCGCAUUCGCACAACGGCGCCCAUUACGCUGGACGCCGACGCCGAGCGGCAGCAGCAGAUCGACGAGUACGCCAAGAACGCUGCCAAGAAUGAAGCGGCGGCCAAUGUCGAGCUUGACGAAUACCUCAAGCUCGAUCAGUCCAAGCUGCCGCUGCAUCAAUUCGACAGCACCGAGUACGAGACCAAGACUGCUGACGAGUGGCUCUCGCUUACCAAGAUGGGCGCGUCGCCCUUCUUUGUCAAGAAUGAGUGGCGCUGGCGGCCAUGCGUCGUCGACAGCUACAACUCGAUCACGGAAAAGUACACGAUCCAGUUCCAAGGCUCGGACAAGCAAAAGCAAGUCCGUCGCAUCAACCUUCGCUUUGACCUCGAAGAUCCUGCCGUCUUCCAGCGACGCAUUGACGAAGCCGUCCGACGCCGCGAGGAAGCCAAGGCGCAAAUGCGCUUCGACUACUUUAUCGCGCAGCAAGAUGCAAUCGAACCUCGGGCAAUGGGUCGCCCGACGCUCGAAGGCAUCCAUCGUCGCGUCGUCGAGGGCUUGACGUCGGACGUUGGCGUCGAGGAGACGCACGCAGUGCUACUGCGGAACCUCACAGACGUGGUCAUUCGCGAGUACGCUCGAAGCAUGAAGAAGGCCGUGCUUGCGCACAAGCUCGAGUUUGACGAUCAUCUCCGGUUCAAGUACCAGAGCUUGAACCUGACGCCAAUCCCACGGCCACUGUCCGCCCCCGCGUUUGGCAAGGUGCAAAUUCCCGACCACGCGUACGACAAGGCGCGACGCAUUGUGGGACGGAAGCAUUACACGGCCAUGGGUGGGUUCCUUCCCGUGCUUAUGAAGAUCUACCACGGCUGGGAAACGUCGUUCCAGAAGCUUACCUUCUGCACGACGUCGCUUGAUACGCUCUCGCUACCGUGCCGGCUCGCCGACUUUGACGACGUACAGAUGACCCAUUGUUCCAAAGUCACGGAAAUGCUCUCUGUGGACUGGCGCCGCGCCAUUUCCGAGAACCUCGUCGAUAGUUUGCAAGACACCCACGAUUUUUUCAUCUCGGAUCGUGACGCCUACGCAUCGGGCGUACUGCAACGACUCUUGAUGAGCAUCCGUGUGCGCAUGGCGGCGCAGAUGCGCAUGCUUGUGGAGCAGUCGACGCAAACAUGGGUCGCGCUCGUCGAGGCCACGAUCAAACGCUGCACCCCCAAGGUGGCCGACAUGAUUGUGCCCGUGGCAUCUGUCUUUGCGGUCGAGCUUGCGAUCGGCGAGGCUGGCGUCGUCGCGAUGGUACCGUCGAGCCAAGAAAUCAAGACGGUCAUGCUCGCGCCGCUGGAAACCAUGGUCGCCAACGUUAGUGCGAUCGAGGUCAUUGACCCCGACUUGCUCUCGCUCCUCAACCUCGAACACCGCAAGUUGUUUGAUAUUUCCGUCAAAGACGAGGUCGUGCACGAAACGGUUGUCAAGAUUGCCAGCGCGCGUCGGGACGUGCUCAAGUACGUGAACGAGUCGAUGAACCAGGUCAUGGGGGUCGCGGACGCAUAUGGCCAGCACGCAGAGCUCAUUGGCGUCGACGCCGCUGCGUUCAUGAAGCAGUUCAAAGCCGACAAUCCAUCGCCCAUUUCGCUGAGCGUCAUGUGCGACGCGAUCCGACGGUACCAUGCGCUCGUGCUCGAGGUCGAGACGCUCAGCUUUGACGUGACGGGGUUUCCUCUUGUGUGCGUCAACGCCAUGGGGCUCAAGGCGACGCUGCGGGAGCGAGGCACUGCGAUCCGAGAUGCGCUCAUCGACUACAUCGUGUUUGACGCGCGGGAGAAGAACAUUGAUAUUACGCGGCGCUACCAAUCGAUCUUGCAUCGCAUUACCGAGAAGCCCACGAACGAAGCCGAGCUCGCGGCCCUCAAGGACUUUAUCAACGUUAGCAAGGGUACGAUCGCAGGAAUUGUCAAGGAAGUCGAAGAGAUCCACGAGCGGCUUCAUGCACUGCACGAGUUCUCACACACCAUCACGGACGACGAUUUUCGGCUGGCGUGGAGCACAAAGGAGUGGCCCCAGCGCGUUGCGCAUGCCGCCGACACGUGCGACUCAGCUCUCGAAGAAGACAAGAUCCGCAUGAUGGACAAGCUGGCAAUGGAGAAGGAGGCGUUUGAAGUCGACCUCGAGCGCUUUGAGAAGGAUGUUGGACUCUUUCGGUCGUACGGGGAAAUCGACAUGACGGACAAGUACGUCGAGAUGGCGUCCACGUUGUACGAUGCGAUCUGUGAAGCAAAGCUCAAGGCCGACAACUUUAACCAGCGCGAAGCCGUCUUUGGGUUCCGCCCGACCGAGUAUGCGAUGAUCACGAAGCUCGAAGCGGACUUCAAUCCGUACUACAAGCUCUGGACCAUGUGCGCCGAGUUCAACGUCAACAAGCAAGCGUGGCUCACCGGUCCGUUCCUUGAGCUCAAGGGCGGGGAGAUCGAAGCCAAUGUCACCGAGUGGUGGAAGGCAAGCUACAAGCUCAGCAAGCAGCUCGCCGAGGAAGCACCAGGGUCGGCCGAGGUUGCGCUCAUCUUGCGCGAGCGCACGGACGAAUUCCGAGCGUACUUGCCAGUGAUCCAGUCGCUGGCGUCGCCAGCGCUUCGGGAGCGCCACUGGGAGCUGCUUCGCAACAAGAUUGGACUCGAAGAGACGGACGAAGAGCUCACACUCGCCCAGCUGCUCGAGAAGGGAAUCACCCAGCACAUUGAUACGAUCCAAGAAGUGAGCAUGGUCGCGGAGAAGGAGUAUACGCUCGAGAAGAACCUCAGCGCGAUGAUCAGCGAGUGGGAACCCAUCGAGUUUGAGUGUCUGCCAUACCGCGAGACGGGCACGUACCUCAUCAAGAGCGUGGACGACAUUAUCGCGCUCCUCGACGACCACAUUGUCAAGACGCAGACAAUGCGCGGGUCUCCGUACGUCAAGAACAUUGAGAAGGAGUGCAAAGCGUGGGAGAAAAAGCUCCAAUACUCCCAGCAGCUCAUUGACGAGUGGAUGAGCUGCCAGCGCACGUGGCUGUACCUCGAAGCAAUCUUCAGCUCGGAGGAUAUCAUGCGACAAAUGCCGACCGAAGCGCGGCGGUUCGCGUCCGUUGAUGCACUCUGGCGCAAAACCAUGGAAGACACGGUCGCGGACCCCAACUUUAUGAACGUCAUCAACAUGGACAAGCUGCUCCAAAAGUUUCAAAAGGCCAACGAAAAGCUCGACGAGAUCCAGAAAGGUUUGAACGACUACCUCGAGAUGAAGCGCCUGUACUUUCCCCGCUUCUUCUUCCUCUCCAACGACGAACUCCUCGAGAUCCUCAGCCAGACGAAGGAGCCAAAGGCCGUCCAGCCACACCUUGGCAAGUGCUUUGAAGGCAUCAACAAGGUCACGUUUACGAACGUCCUCUUGAUCACCGAGAUGAUCUCGAGCCAAGGCGAGGUCGUGACGCUCAAAACGACCGUCAACCCCGAGAGUGCUAAGAACAAGGGCAACGUCGAAAUGUGGUUGCUUGAGCUCGAAAUCAACCAAUGGGACACGAUCCGCGACCACACGGCGCGCGCGAUCGGUACCUACCCCCAGGUCAUCCGCGAGCAGUGGAUCUUGCAAUGGCCCGCCCAAGUUGUGCUCGGCGCGUCGCAGGUGUACUGGACGACCGAAGUCAACGAAGCCAUCACGUCCAAGGGCAACGAAGGACUCAAGGAGUACGUGCAAGUGCUCAACACGCAGCUCGAUAAAGUCGUCAUGCUCGUGCGUGGUAACUUGACCAAGCUGGAGCGCACAACGAUUGGUGCGCUCGUUGUCAUUGACGUCCACGCUCGAGACACGAUCGCACACAUGAUUGCGAAGGGCGUUGAGAACGACCAGGACUUUGAGUGGAUCUCGCAGCUGCGCUACUACUGGAUCGAAGGCGCCAAGGUCGCCAAGCAGUUUGACCUCCAAGCACGCAUUGUGAAUGCACGCGUCAAGUACGGCUACGAGUACCUCGGCAACACGAUGCGCCUCGUGAUUACGCCGCUCACCGAUCGUUGCUACCGCACGAUGAUGGGAGCCAUCGACUUGCUUUAUGGCGGUGCGCCCGAGGGACCAGCCGGCACGGGCAAGACCGAGACUGUCAAGGAUCUCUCCAAAGCCAUUGCAAUCCAGUGCGUCGUCUUCAACUGCUCCGACGGUCUUGACUACCUCGCCAUGGCCAAGUUCUUCAAGGGCCUUGCGGGCUGCGGCUCGUGGUGUUGCUUUGACGAGUUCAACCGCAUCAACAUCGAAGUGCUCAGUGUCAUUGCGCAGCAGAUUUUGACCAUCAACGAGGGCAAGAAGGCCAACGUGGACAAGUUUAUGUUUGAAGGCACAUACAUCAAGCUCAAUGCGAGCGCCAACGUCUUCAUUACCAUGAACCCCGGCUACGCUGGGCGUGCCGAGCUCCCCGAUAACCUCAAGGCACUCUUUCGCCCAUGUGCUAUGAUGGUACCCGACUAUGCGCUCAUCUCGGAGAUCCGUCUCUACUCGUUUGGGUUUGCCAACGCUCGGGCCAAUGCACGCAAGCUCACGCAAGUGCUCCAGCUCAGCUCCGAGCAGCUGAGUUCGCAAAAACACUACGACUAUGGCAUGCGCGCCGUCAAUUCGAUUCUCGUCGCGGCCGGGAACCUUCGUCAACAGCUCGGCGACGACCCGUUCUGGACCGAAGACAAGAUUGUCUUGCGGUCGGUGCAGGAUGUCAACUUGCCAAAGUUUACGACCGAUGAUCUGCCGCUCUUCCGAGGCAUUACGUCCGACUUGUUUCCGGGCGCCGAGAUCCCGUCGCCAGACCACGGCCGCCUCAUCCCGAUGAUCAACCUCAUGUGCACACAAGGCAUCAGCAUCGCGCCCGACUCGCUCACCAAGCUGCAACCCAAGGCCGAGUUUCGUCAAAAAGUCAUCCAGCUCUACGAAACCGUACUUGUACGUCAUGGGCUCAUGGUCGUUGGUAUCACGGGCAGUGGCAAGACGUGCAUUGUUCAUACGUUGGCGGCCGCCAUCACAGCCGUUUACAACGAAAGCGAGGGCAAGUCGCAGUCGCUCGUGCACGUGCACACGAUGAACCCCAAGUCGAUCACGUCCGGCCAGCUCUACGGCAACUUUGAUGAAAAUACACACGAGUGGAGCGACGGUGUCUUGGCCAAGACGUAUCGCGACUGCGCACGCGACACAACCGACGACCGGCAAUGGGUCAUGUUUGACGGUCCCGUCGACGCGGUUUGGAUCGAGAACAUGAACACCGUCUUGGACGACAACAAGAAGCUAUGCUUGAUGAGCGGCGAGAUUGUGAAAAUGACGGACCGCAUGACCAUGAUGUUCGAGACCGAGGACCUCGAAGAGGCGAGUCCGGCGACCGUCAGUCGCGUCGGCAUGGUCUUUCUCGAGCCAAAGAACCUCGGCUGGGAGACUCUGCUGAAAACCUGGCUCGAGCACUUUCUACCAAGCGACUUGAAGGCACAGUCAGCGUUUAUUCAAAACCUGUUCGAGUGGCUCGUGCCGCCGCUACUCUUUUUUGUCGACAAAAACUGCAUUGUGCCCACGUCCGUGACUUUUCUCGAGCUCGUCGCGAGCUUGAUUCGUCUCUUUGGCUGCAUCCUCGACGUGCCAAUCGCCAACCUCUCGUCCGACAUUCGCGGCGUCCUCGAAGGCAUGUUUUUGAAAGCUCUCGUGUGGUCGCUCGGUGCGUGCGUCGACGCCAAGUCGCGCGUCGCAUUCGAUUUGUACCUCCGCGCGCUCACGUCCGGUACGAUCGACAGCAGCAACAACGAAGCGUACGCCAACUUUCGGCUCAAGAACCCUUCGUAUGCGGUUGCGCCGCGCGCAACGACCGCCGCGUUUCCAGACGAAGGCAUCGUGUACGACUAUCGCUUUGACGGCAAGAAGGCGACGUGGGUCAACUGGAUGGAGUCGGCGUCGACUGCCGCGAUCCCGCGCGACAUGCCGUUUACGUCGAUCUUGGUGCCCACGAUCGAUACGGAGCGCAACUCGUGGAUUCUCGACACACUCUUGACGCACCACCACCACGUGCUCGCAACGGGCGACACGGGCACGGGCAAGUCCGUUUCGAUCAAGAAGAAGCUGCUCACAGGGCUGAACGAGACGUUUUCGUCCAUCUUUAUGAACUUUAGCGCCCAAACCAGCGCCAACCAGACCCAAGACAUCAUCGAGUCCAAGCUCGAUAAGCGCCGCAAAGGCGUCUUGGGGCCGCCGCUCGGCAUGAGCUGCGUCAUUUUCGUCGACGAUCUCAACAUGCCGGCCAAAGAGACGUACGGCGCGCAGCCGCCGAUUGAGCUCCUCCGGCAGUGGAUGGGUCAUGGCGGGUGGUACAACCGCAAGGACAAUACGUUCUUGCAGCUCGUGGACGUGCAGUUUAUCGCGGCCAUGGGCCCACCGGGCGGCGGGCGCACCAAGAUCACGCAGCGCUACAUUCGGUACUUCAACUUGAUCAACUUUGUGUCGUUCGACUCGACGAGCCUCAAGCUCAUCUUUUCCAAAAUCUCGGACUGGUUCCUCAUGAACUUUCCGGCGUCCAUCAAGGCCAUGACCACGCCCGUCGUCGCGGCAACGAUCGACAUUUACGACAACAUUUCAUCGACGCUGCUGCCGACGCCGGCCAAGUCACACUACACCUUCAACCUGCGCGAUCUCUCCAAGGUGUUUCAGGGCAUCUCGCUCGGUACCCCCGAUGUGCUCAAGGAUGCCAAAGACGUGGUGCGGCUAUGGAGUCACGAGUGCCUCCGUGUCUUUCACGACCGUCUCAUUGACCAAAGCGACCGGUCGUGGUUCCUCAACGUACUCGGCGAGACCGUUCAGACGCACUUUACGCUCAACUACGUCAAGGACGUCCGGGGGCCGAACGAAGUGCUCAUUUACGGGAAUUUCGGAGACGCCAAGUCGACCAAGAAGAUCUACGCCGAGCUCCGGGACCGUGACACGCUCCAGAAAUCCAUGACGCUCUUUCUCGAGGACUUUAACAACAUGACGUCGGCGCCCAUGAGGCUCGUGCUGUUCCAGAACGCGAUCGAGCACGUCGCGCGCAUCUCGCGUGUCAUCCACCAGCCGUACGGCAACUCGCUUCUCGUCGGCGUCGGCGGCAGCGGUCGCAAGUCCCUCACGACGCUCGCGGUGUUUAUGGCCGACUUUAAGCUCUUCCAGAUUGAAAUCUCCAAGUCCUACUCGCGCAACGAUUGGCGCAACGACUUGAAAAAGGUGCUCCAGCUCAGUGGUGUCUCGAACCAGCCGACAGUCUUUCUCUUUUCAGACACGCAGAUCGUCGAGGAGUCGUACCUCGAGGACAUCAACGGCAUCCUCAACACGGGCGAAGUCGCGAAUCUCUGGGCCAACGACGAGCUCAUGACCAUCAACGAAGGCGUCGAGAGCGCUGCGAACGCCGCGGGUCUCAAUACGAGCAAUGCCGCCGAGGUCUACAACUUCUUUGUCAGUCGGUGCCGCACGAACUUGCAUGUUGUGCUGGCGCUGAGUCCGAUCGGCGACGCGUUCCGUCGGCGCCUGCGCAUGUUUCCGUCGCUUGUCAACUGCUGCACGAUCGAUUGGUUCACCGAGUGGCCGGAAGAGGCCCUUCGCAGUGUCGCCGACCACUUUCUCGUCGACAUUGAAAUGCCGUCCAAGAUGAAGAUUGGCCUCGUCGAUGUGUGCGUCGAUAUGCAAGAACGUGUCUCGAUGAUGUCGCGCGACUUUCUCCAGAGCUUGCGCCGGCACUACUACGUGACGCCGACGUCGUACCUUGAGCUCAUCAACACGUUCAAGAAGCUCCUCAACACGAAGCGCAUGGAAGUGAGUCAAAUGAAACAGCGCUACGACAACGGCUUGACCAAGCUCAUGGAGACGGCCGACCAAGUCGAAAAGAUGCAAGUCGAGCUCGAAGCGCUCCAACCAAUGCUCAAGGUCGCCACGGUCGAGACGGACGCGCUUCUUGAGACGAUUGCGCGCGAGCAAAAAGACGCGAAUGCGACCAAGACAGUCGUCGCCGCCGAAGAGGCGCAGUGCAAUGAGCAAGCCGCGGCGGCGAUGGAGAUCAAGACACAGUGCGAGGCCGGCUUGGCCGAGGCGAUUCCAGCGCUCGAGUCGGCUGUCAAGGCGCUCCAGACGCUGACGAAAGGUGAUAUCACCGAGGUCAAGGCCAUGAAGAAGCCGCCAGACGGCGUCAAGCUCGUCAUGGAGGCCGUGUGCAUCAUGAUGAGUGUCGCACCGCUCAAGAUCAAGGACCCCGCGGGCGGUACGAAAAAGAUCGACGACUACUGGGGCCCGGCUCAGAAAACGCUACUGAACGACACGCGCUUUUUGCAAAACCUCCUCGACUACGACAAGGACAACAUCUCGGCUGAAAUCGCCGAGAAGGUUCGGCCGUAUGCCGAGAACCCGGACUUUUCACCGCCAAUCAUCAAGAAGGCCUCCGUGGCUGCGUCCGGUCUCUGCUCGUGGGUGCAUGCGAUGGCCGUGUACAACCGCGUCUCGAAAGUGGUAGCGCCUAAGCGUGAAGCGCUCAAAGCGGCGACAUUGCAGCUGGAAGCGGCACAAACCAACCUCAAGGCCAAGCAAGACGCGCUCCAGGUCGUGCUCGACAAGGUCGCACGCCUCGAGGCCGACCUUGCGGGCGCCAUGAAGAAGAAGGCGGACUUGCAAUUCCAGGUCGAUGAUUGCAGCAAAAAGCUUAUUCGCGCCAACCAACUCAUUGGCGGUCUUGGCGGCGAGCGCUCGCGCUGGCAAGAGAUGAGCGCCAAGCUCCAGAUUGUGUACGACAAUGUCAUUGGCGACAUCAUGCUCAGUAGCGGCGUCAUCGCGUACCUCGGCGCGUUCACAUCGGCCUUCCGCGAAAACGCCGUAGAGCAUUGGAGCGAGCAGCUGCAGAUGAAGGGCAUUACGUGCUCGGACAAGUACAGCUUGACGACGACGCUCGGCGACCCUGUGAAGAUUCGCGAGUGGACCAUCUGCAAGCUCCCGAACGACUCGUUCUCGAUUGACAAUGCCAUCAUGCUCUUUCGAAGCAACCGCUGGCCCCUUAUGAUUGAUCCGCAAGGCCAAGCGAAUCGGUGGGUCAAAAACAUGGAGGAGAAGUCGAGUAGUCUCAAGGUCGUCAAGCUCACGCAAGCCGGGUUCGUCCGCGCGCUCGAGAACGCCAUUGUCGUCGGCGCGCCCAUGCUUAUCGAGAACCUCGCAGAAGAAAUCGACCCAAUGCUCGAGCCGGUCUUGCUCAAGCAGAUUGUCAAGGCUGGUGGCGUGCUCACGAUCCGACUCGGCGACAACACGGUCGAGUACGACCCCAACUUUCGACUGUACAUGACGACCAAGCUCCGGAACCCGCAUUACGCACCGGAGACGUGCGUCAAAGUCAACUUGCUCAACUUUAUGGCGACUGAGGAAGGGCUCCAGGACCAAAUGCUCGGUAUCGUCGUUGCCAAAGAAGAGCCAGUACUCGAAGCGCAGCGAGAAAAGCUCGUGCUCGAGGAUGCGGCCAACAAGAAGACUCUGAAAGAAAUCGAAGACAAGAUUCUCCACAUGCUGCAGACGGCCGAGGGCAACAUUCUGAACGACGAACGGCUCAUUGAGACCCUCGGAGCCUCCAAGAUCACGGCGAAUACGAUCGAAAUCAAGGUUCAGGAGGCCGCCGCGACCCAACUCAUCAUUGCCGAGAAGCGGGCGGGGUACACACCCGUGGCGUUCCGCGCGUCACAGCUCUUUUUCUGCAUCGCCGACCUCUCGGUGAUUGACCCCAUGUACCAGUAUGCGCUCGAGUGGUUCAUUCAGCUCUUUGUCUACUCGAUUGCACGUGCUGAGAAGAGCGCCGACUUGGCCAAGCGGCUCGUGAACCUCAACGAGCAGUUUACGUACACCUUGUACGUCAACGUGUGCCGGUCGCUUUUUGAGAAGGACAAGCUCCUCUUUGCGUUCCUGCUCACCGUCAAGAUCCUCACGGGCAACAAGACGAUUACGCCGGGUGACCUCCGGUAUUUCUUCACGGGCAACACGGCAAUGGACUCGAGCAAACCGAAUCCGUGCCCGAAUUGGAUGAGCAUGAAGACGUGGGCCGACGUCGUUGGGCUCGAGAACCUUCCGGCGUUCCCCAACUUUGGCGACACGUUUGUAUCCGAGCUGGCGCUCUGGGCCACGUGCUACAACUCGCAGGACCCGGCAGUCGACAUGAUGCAGAUCCCGUCCAUGGCCUCGUACGACUCGUUCCAGCGCCUCGUUGUGCUGCGCUGCUUCCGGCCGGACAAGGUCGUACCGAGCGUCAUGCUGUUUGUCGCAGCGCAAAUGGGCCAGCGCUUUAUCGAGCCGCAGCCGUUUGAUCUGAAAGCCGGCUACGACGACUCGACGUGCGCGACACCGCUCAUCUUUGUGCUCACGCCCGGUGCAGACCCCAUGUCGGAGCUCCUCAAGCUCGCGGCCGAGAUGGGCUUUACGAAAAAGUUUGUCGCUAUUUCGCUGGGGCAGGGGCAGGGCCCCCUUGCGGAAAAUGCGAUCGCGGAAGCCAUCGACAAUGGCAACUGGGUUUGCCUCCAAAACUGCCAUCUCAGCGUAAGUUGGCUCCCGACGCUCGAACGACUCUGUGAAGAGAUCACGCCAGAUCGCGUCCACGCGUCGUUCCGUUUGUGGCUCACGUCCGAGCCGUCGCGGCAAUUCCCGCCCUUUAUUCUGCAAAACGGAGUCAAAAUGACCAACGAACCACCAAAAGGCAUGCGUGCCAACUUGAAGGGGAGUUAUCUCACUUUCUCGGACGACUGGCUCAGCUCGUGCUCGCGUCCCGUCGAAUUCAAGAAGCUUCUCUUUGGCUUGUGUUUCUUUCAUGCGACGGUCCGUGAACGCACCAAGUUUGGCCCGCUUGGUUGGAAUAUCAAGUAUGUGUUUUCGGGCUCGGACCUCAAUAUUUCCAAGGACCAGCUCAAGAUCUGCCUCGACGACCUCAACGGAAGCGACGCAAUUCCGUACGCAGCGCUUGGGUACCUCGCCGGCGAGUGCAACUAUGGCGGCCGCGUCACGGACGACAAGGAUCGGCGCUGCAUUGUCAAUACGCUCUCGGACUUUUACACGCCGCUCAUCCAGGACGACACGUACAAGUUUAGCCCGUCCGGGCUCUACUUUGCGCCCGGCAAUGGCCCACUGCAAACGUACCUCGACUACAUUGAUCAACUCCCAAUGAACGAAGGCCCCGAGAUCUUUGGCUUGCACGACAACGCCAACAUUUCAUGUGCGAUCGCUGAAACCAAUCUCCUCUUGGAGUCGGCGCUCUCGCUCCAGCCGCGAAGCAGCGGCGGUGGUGGCAAGUCCUGGGACCAGUCGCUCGCCGAAGUCGCGGCCGACAUUGGCAGUCGCAUUCCGCCCGUCUUUGAUAUUGAAAAGGCCGAUCUCGACUUUCCCGUGUGUUACGAAGAGAGCAUGAACACGGUGCUGACGCAAGAGCUCAUUCGCUUCAACAAACUCAUCGUGAUCAUCUCGCGGAGCCUCAAGGAAGUCCAGCGUGCGCUGAAAGGGCUCGUCGUCCUCUCGGCCGAGCUGGAGGCGAUGGGCAAUUCGAUGGUCAACGGCCAAGUGCCCGGUAUGUGGGCGAGCGUCGCGUACCCGUCGCUCAAGCCGCUCGGCAGCUGGGUCACGGACUUUCUUGCACGCCUCUCGUUUUUGCAAGCGUGGAUCGAUGCGAAGCAGUCACCGACGAUCUAUUGGGUCUCGGGCUUCUUCUUCACGCAAGCCUUCAUCACAGGCACGCUUCAAAAUUACGCCCGAAAGCACCAGCAGCCCAUCGACCAGGUCGGGUACGACAUGCAAGUGCUGACGCUGGCGGCCUCGGACGCCAUCACGUCCAAAGCCGAAGAUGGAGCCUUUAUCAAUGGCCUCUUCAUGGAGGGUGCGCGCUGGGACAACGGCAUUAUGGCGAUCGCCGAGUCGCGUCACCGCGAGCUGCACGUUGCGAUGCCCGUCAUCUUGCUCUUACCCAAGCGCCGCGACGCGAUCGAGCCCGUCAAGGACAGCGACCCGAAAGGCACUGCCCACGUGUACAUGUGUCCUGUCUACAAGACCAGUUUGCGCCAAGGUACGCUUUCGACGACAGGGCACUCGACCAACUUUGUCAUGUUCCUGCGCAUCCCGAUGGCGCCCGAGCACAACCAAAAACACUGGAUCCGACGGGGUGUCGCCAUGUUGACGCAGCUCGACAUUUAGUUGUAAGUAGAACGGUAAAAAGUCUCUGCACACAGAACAAUGUCUCAUAUUGGACUGGGUCG